AUGACGACCCGCUUGAAGAAGAAUCGGAAGAAACGAGGCCACGUGAGCGCUGGCCACGGCCGCAUCGGGAAGCACCGGAAGCACCCGGGAGGCCGCGGGAACGCCGGCGGUAUGCACCACCACCGCAUCCUUUUCGACAAGUACCACCCGGGCUACUUCGGCAAGGUCGGCAUGCGUUACUUCCACCGCCUCCGCAACAAGUUCCACUGCCCGAUCGUCAACGUCGACACUCUCUGGUCGCUCAUCCCUGAAGACUUGAAGGGGUCGACCGCCGGAGCCAAAGAUGGCUCCGUUCCGUUGCUAGAUGUGACUCAGUAUGGCUACUUCAAGGUGCUCGGCAAGGGCUCGCUCCCCCCGUCCCGCCCUAUAGUCGUGAAAACCAAGCUCAUAUCGAAGAUCGCGGAGAAGAAGAUCAAGGAGGCCGGCGGCUCUGUCGUGCUCACUGCCUGAGUGGUCAUUUGAUCUGUCGUUUAGGUAUUUUACAUUCGCACUUCAAUUUCAUUCUGGAAACCCUAGAACGAAAAACCUUCUACUGGAUUUUGAUACUCGUUUUUUAUUCAACAUUUUCGUUACUCGGAUUGCAAAA